GCAUGAGAAAAGUCCGUGAUAACCCCAAGUCACAAUGGGGGUAAACAGUGUCCUAAUCUCCUUUCCUUCCUGUGGCGCUUCGUAGCAGUGCCUCGCCGCCGCACCACUAAUUAUCAACACCAUCUCCCUGCCUAUCCCUACCCUCCUACCCUCCCUUCCUGUUGGCCUACUUGAACGCUCUGUCGAUGCUGUGACAAGCCUCUGGUGCUGCUGUGAUGGUUCCGUGUGGCUCUAAAGGACUGGAAGGCUGUUUAAUAGUUUAUGUUUCAGUUGGAAGUGACACAAGGCAGCUCGGUCUGAUAACUCCCACCAGCAGCAGCGACGCAGAUCAAGAGUUAAAACCCUUCUGUCGUAGUCGCUGUCUUGCAUAACGUGGACGGGUUUUAAUUUGUAAAGUGCCAAGUUGUGCCCGUCUGAAGCUCUACUGGAAGAUAAACAUGUGGAUAGUUGACUUUAAUACAGCAAGAUGGAAGAGGAGGAACUUUUGUGUGCCGUGAUCUUGUCUCAAAUGGAGGCGCUUAACUUAUCAAGACUGGCCUUUUCGUUUAAUGACAGCCUAAAACAUAUGAGGCACCCAGGAAGAAAAGUGACUGAGCCUUAGAAUUCAUCUCCUGUUUGUGGUAUCAAAUGAAAACACCAAAACAAUGAAGAUGAUGAAGGUGACCAGAAAAAGUUGUCAUAUUCACUAGAGCAUAUUUCUGUUUGUUGUCAAGUGUUUACGAGUGGAAGAGCUCCCCUGUCCACUACGAAGGAAGCAUGAAGGCACACCCAGACAUUGCCAAGGGUACAGUAUGGUCCAGCAUGUGAGGCAAAUAAACAGUGAAGAUGAUGAAGGUGACCAGAAAAAGUUGUCAUAUUCACUAGAGCAUAUUUCUGUUUGUUGUCAAGUGUUUACGAGUGGAAGAGCUCCCCUGUCCACUACGAAGGAAGCAUGAAGGCACACCCAGACAUUGCUAAGGGUACAGUUUGGUCCAGCAUGUGAGGCAAACAGAAACAAAAGUGGCCACGUGCCUUCAAGUUCAUCUCAUUUUUGUGGCAUGAAAUGAAAACACGAAAACAAUGAAUAUGACCAGAAAAUUUGUCAUCAUCACUAGAGCUUAUUCCUGAUCAUGAGCCUUCAAGUUCAUCUCCAUUUGUGGCAUCAACUGAACUCACUAAGGCAAUGAAGAUGACCAGAGAGAUAAAUCAACAUCACUAGACCUCAUUUUGAUUGCUGUGUCAAUUGUGUACAAGUAAAAUAGCUUCCCUGUCUACCACCAAGGAAAAAUGAAAGCACACGAGACACUUCUAGAUGUACGUUAGGGUAAAAAUGUGUGAAUAUUGGGACAUUGCCUAACGGGCCUCGAGAACUUGCUAGCACCAUGGUGAGAGCCGGGCAGCCCAAGGAAGAGGUACUGGACUUAGGUGCCUUGUGCAUCAUGGCACCUGGGCUCUUCCUCCUUAACCACAGCCCCAAAGCCCUCAAGGUCAAGCUGAUGCUGCGGCGGCCGAGGGAGGACCUGGUGAACCGCGGAGUGAUUCCACCCAUGAACACUCCGACGGCCUUCUACGAGCAGCGGCAGCGGCUGGACAUGGCCAAGAAACAUGACAUCCUCAAGCAGAAGAUGCAGAGGCGGCCAGACAGGGAGGAGCUGGUGCGCCAACACAUCCUGGAGGACGCGCCGGGCAACAUUGACCCGUCGCUGGUGGAGAAGCAGAAGCAGCUGAAGCGUGCCAGGAUAGCGGAUGCCAUCAGUGACCACCUAUGCCAGCGCCCCGGCCCCCUGGAGCUGGUGCGCGCCAACAUCCUGCACACCACCGAGCCCCUGGAGAAGGCUGUCAAGGAGGGGCAGCUGAUGUUCAAGAGCACCAGCGAAGGGGAGCCACGCAAGCACCCAAGUCUCUACGUGCAGUAUGAGGAUGAGUCGAGCAGCGAGGGCGCCAUGUCCCCAGACCAGGUGGAGGGCGUGGGCAGCGGCAACUCCUCCUCCUCCUCCUCGUCAGGCGUGCGCGAGCUGCUCUCCUCCCCCUCCCCCGUCCUUAUUGAGCCCCUCAUCCCCGCCUCCACCUCCGUCCCCACCCCAGUAGUAGCCACGGUCAUCACCCGGCCUCCCCCGCCUCCCCCCACUGGCCCUGUCGCUUCCCCCUCCCUCACCUCCACCACCUCCUCUCUCUCCCCACUCUCAUCCCUAGCCUCCCCUCCACAGCACCCCCUCCUGCCCUCCCCCCAGGCUUCCACAAUCACACAGACGCUCUUUGUCACCCGUACGCCCCUCCCACACGCCUUGACCACGCCGCCCCUCCAGAACUCGGCCCCCGGCAAGGACCAGUCAAAAAGCCGCAAGAAGUCAAAGGUGAAGAGCCAACCCAAGGCGAGAACCAUCAAGUUCCAUGAGUACAAGGGCCCACCAAGUGCAGUCAAGAGGGAGUCCAGCAGCAGCAGCCAGACUGAGACCUCCUACGAUAUACUUCUGCAGCAGCAACAGCUCUUCCUACAGUGCCAGCUGGAGCUCAAGCAGAAGUACCCACAGAUCAUCCUCCCUGCGGGCCUCAAGCCGUCCGCCAGCAAUGACAGCGCCAGCCUGCCCGGGGUCAUCAAGGUGGCGCCCACACCCCCGCCGCUGCCCUCCUCCUCCGUCACCAGUGGCCUCACCCUCUCCCAGGUCCUCCACACCCCCACCCACACCCCAUCCUCCACACCCACCCCUGCCUCCACUCCCCCGGCCCCUCCACCACCCCCCACGCCGCCGGAGCUGAGCAUCCGUCUACACACCAAGCUGGAGGAUAUGAAAGUGUCUGACCUGAAGGCUGAGCUGAAGAAGAGGAACCUCCCAGUGUCAGGGUCAAAACCUCAGCUCAUCGACCGCCUGAGAGCCCACAGCAACCACAGCAGCCACAGCACCCCCACCACAGCCCCCACGCCCACCACCACCACCACCAUUGCCGCUGCCCCCGCCACGCCCUCCUCCGUGACACUCCGCCUGGGCAGCGUGGAGAGGGAGAUACAUUUGGAAGGGGAGGAGAGGACCACGCCUGCCACCACCACCACUACUACUGGUGUUCCUUCCUCCGCCUCGUGCUCCUCCACCUCCACCACCACCACCACCGUGCAGUUACCUGAGCCCUCGCCCGUUGCCACCCCCACCCCCACCCCCACACACUUCACCUACACAGACGAGUCAUCAGUGCCAGGGCUGCUGGAGGCCUCCAUGGACAUGGCUGAGGAGGGGGGCUCCCGCUCCCCCACCUUCUCCCAGGUUUCGGGCUGCUCCACGCGGCCCUCCAGUGUGGCCCCCAUGGAGGUGGACUUUGACUCAGCCAUGGACACCAGUGAACUCACCCCCCUCACCCCUCUCAGCCUUCAAUUGAGUGAGGGUGGGUCCAUCAACACUCCACCUCCCCCUCCACCACCCCCACCCCCACCUCCACCCCCUGCAGUGGUGUCACUGAGUUCCCCUGCCCCCAGCCCUGCUCCUGCCCCAGGGGAGACCAUGGACAGGCUGCAGCGGCGGAUAGAGGAGCUGCAGCGUGAGUUGCGGCACACCCAGCUGCAGCUGCAGCUUCAGCAGCAGCAGAGCCUCAUGAAGGCGCAGGAGCAGCAGCGUCGUAGUCAGCCUGACGCCAAGCUGAGCCAGAAGCUCAUCCUGCAGCAACACAUCCACAACAAGAAACAGCAACAGCAGCAGCAGCAGCUUCAAAGCCACCUACAGCAGCUGCACCACCUGCAGCAGCAGCACCAGCAGCUGUUGCAGCAGCAUGUAGUGCAGCAGGAGCCUCCAAAGACCCGGCCAAUACAGAACGGGCCGACCAUGGGCGGCGGAGAAGUGAGAGUCAAGCUGGAGAACGGGUGGGACCAGCUGCUGGCCUCCCCCAGCCCCCCCGCAGCCUCUACCACCACUGCCACCACCACCAUCACUACAUCCACCUCCACCCUCCCGCUGCGGGGCCAGCGGGCAAACUUCUCACUCGUCCCUGCCCAGAAUGGCCUCACUCUCAACACCCAUCACAGGGCUGCGUCGCUGCCUAACUUCUCUGGUCUCAUCGUCACCACCAGCGGCUGCAACGCCACCACCAUCAACAACAUCAUCAACAACAACACCAGUCACCACAACAACAACAACACUCCCAUCACCUGUAGUAAUCACAACCUCAUCAACAGUCUCACCAAUAACAUCACCACCACAAUCAACAACAACGUCAAUAACAACAACACCAUGAACCACAACAGCAUCACGGAGCCGCGGUUUGUGAUCAAGCCGCCGCCCAACUACGACGAGGCCACCAAGCAGCUCAAAGGCUCCAUGACCCCCAACAAGAAGCUGUCCAUCAAGAGCCAGGCUGUGGAUGACGUCUUGGAGAUACUGAUCAAGAACGGAGAACUGCCUCCAAGUGCAGCGCAGGACCCUCACACCCCAACACCCCCCGUCCGGAGCUGCCGUGCCGCCCCGGUCUUCACCACAGCAGCCACCACCUCUGCCCUCUUCAGCCCCAUCCCCAUCUCCUCCGCAGCCUUCACCACCGCCAGCCCUGCCUCACUGCUGGUCACGUCACUCAGCCCCAUCCCGAUGACUGUGGAGGGAGGUGCUGUGCCGCCGCCGCCCCCUCCACCGCCACCUCCCCCACACUCUAGUCAGCGCAUGGGGCCUGCGCAAGUCCCGCCAGCACCCGGCCCCUGCCCCUCCCCCACGGGGAGUGGAGGCCUGUCGUCACACUCCCUCUUCGCCGAUCUGGUGAUGGAAGGUUCCAACCAGCCCCCGCUUGACCUGCCCCUGGACCUGGACCUGCCAGGGCUGGAGGGCAUGGAGCUGGGUGCCCUGGAGCCCUCCCUGGAGGGGCCUCCCGCCCCCACACCCGGCUCCACCCAAGACGUCAUUCUGUUGUCACGACCCCCCGACCCAACGCCUCCCAUGGAGGUCAAGAUGGAAUCCGCGGAAGAUGUGGACGUGGCCUCCUGGUUGGACUCACUGGUGCCCCCCACCUCAGGGACCCCCUUGGUCCCCAACCCCUUCACCCCCUGGCCCACCCACCUGGUGAGCCUCGGGGGCCUGGAGGGCGGGAGUGGCAGCCGGGCCUGCCAGAGCACCCCCACGCCCAGCCUGCACCAGAGUGACCCACUGCUCUCCCACACGCAGGACCAGCUGGACCUCUUCAGCCUGGAGGAAGUGGACCUUAAGGCCCAUGACCUCACCUCCGGCCUUUCCUGGGACCGCAUAGACUUUGCCGCAUGAGUGACAUGCAGGCCCGGCGGGCGCCCCCUGCCCACCCCCCGGACCAGUCAGGGACCACGGGCCCCGGCGCCGGCCCCGCCCUGGGCCAGGACGCUGUGCUAAUGUCUGUGAUGAGCAUGAGUGCCUUACAGUACUCUACAGAGGACCAGCAGUGUUAGUUGAUACUUCCGUAGGUUGUGUUUGCUGCGUACACUCUCCCCGGGCACCCCUCGGGGCCCCAGACUGUGCGGGGGAGUGAUGUACAUACGAGUGUCUCUGUAAAUACUGCCCCGCCUCCCUCUUGUUAAAUGGUGCUGUUCUGAUGACUGUGCUGGCUGCACGGGGCUGUAACGCCCCGCUGACUUGCGCUGACCCUGGGUUAGCCACGAGCGUGUAACAUAAUGUUAACUCUAUUCUAAGUUUUGGGAACAAGUCAACCCCUUCCAGAAAUUUGCUGUGUGCUUGCCUUGCAGGAGUGUGCUUGAAGUGUGAGAUGUACAUGAGCUGUAACUAUCCUGCCUCUGCUGGGCAGACUGCAUGGGCCCUCAAGGCAGGCACACACUGCAACCAUUCCAUGACCUCCUGCCCUUGGCCUCGCGCCUCCCCCUCCCUGCCCAUUCACCUGCCCUCCACCGCAGCCUCAGCCAGGCAUCUUAUAUACCACAGAUCUCUAAGAGUGUCUCCGCUCCCCCAGUUGAUCCCCGCCGGCCAGCCCGGCGUGCGGGGUCCUGGGACACAGCACACCCUCUGGGCCCAACCUCUCCCCAUUCCCCCCAGACCAAGCCACAUGCCCCCCCCCUGCCUGUGACCCACCCCACCAGCAGGCCCAGUGUAGUACUGUCACUGCCAUGGUCACCCUGCCCCCCUUGGCUGUGAGUGAGGGGGAAAGGAGUGAGUGAAGGGCACCAGGUGAGGGAGUGCCCGAGUAUUCCCUCUGUUACCUAGGUGUCAAAUAUGUCUGCUUUUGCUCAGACCUAUUGUCUUCCUCUGCCUCCUCCUCCUCCUCUUCCAUCUCCCUAAUCUUGUCUUCAAUCUGUUCUUAAUUUUGACUUUGCCUUCCUUGCUGUUGUCUUUUCCAACACUUCCCUCAACACUAACACCUCGCCUGACUCUGCUGGUCAUGUGGCUUCCACCUUGACGUAAUAAACUAAUUCCUGUGAGACAGCGCACCACCACCACCACCACCACGUACAGCAAUUACUAAGACUGCAAGACACUGCCACUCAAAACAGGGAACAAGUUUGCCAUGUAGUAUGAGUACACACACACACACACACACACACACACACACACACACACACACACAUUUUGUAGUACAUAACAACUUAACAUAUAAAAUACAUAAUAAAAUCCCAGUAGUAACAUGGUUGUCAGUAUCUAUCCAACCUAGACACAUUACAGUAUCUAUAUAGUUAACCUGUGGAAUCAUGAAACAAACAGAGGAGGCGGUGUGUGGACAAACAAGUAGUUCAAUAAGACGGGACCCUGCGAGCAUAAUAAUCCUAAAAGUCAAACACACAAACACGCACACAAACGCAAACAUACAAAAACACAACCAAGACCAAAACUAUUGAUCUCGGGCUUCUACGAAUUUUCACCACCAAGACAGAGUUAGGUUAAAGUCUCCAUCCCAGCUCUCACCUCCUAGCGGGCACUCAAGCAAGUACCCCAGCCUCCCCCUGUACAGAUCCUUACCCUUGGGCAUUUUCCCCCAUGCUAAACACGGCCAUUGUUGCUUGUUGGGAACGGCAGAUGCUAACCACCUUCCUUGACCUUCCCAUUUCGCCCCUCCCUUACUUACCUACCCCAUGCAGGCGCCACCCCAAGACCAAACCCUCCCCUCCCCCCCAAUGGGCUUUUCCAGUAACCAAGAGCCGGAGCCACAGCGUCGGUUGGAGUGUUCACCGCAGCUCAACACUAUAGUCUCUGGCCGUCCUGUCUUAGGGGCGGCCCACCUCUUAGUGUGCCAAAAUGAAAACGACCCAUGGCGGAUAUUUUGCACAGUGGUUAAUUUUGCACGUUUCAACAACCCAACCAACCACCCAACAUUCCAUGACAGUUUAGGGGAAUGGAGGCUGCAGCUCAGAUCGCCUGCCUGUGAGAGACGACGCAUUCCACUUCGAGGGAUGCGUUGUGUGUGAUGUGUGAUGUGAGGGUGCGUGUUUUGUUGCGGGUGUUGCCUAAAAGUAGUUUGGAAAUUUUGUGUGUGCAUUAAUUUAUUCGAGUGUGUGUGUGUGUGUGUGUGUGUGUGUGUGUGUGUGUGUGUGUGUGUGUGGCUUUUGCUUGUUUGGGAAUGUGUGGGUGUGGGUGUGGAUGUGUGUCUGAGGUGGAUGAAUGUAAAACUGAAACUGGCUGACUGGCUGCAAAGGAGUCUGUCUGUCAUCAUCAUAAAGCUGAUUUGAAGAACGUUUUCUGCAUGUUCAACCUGGUUUAUCCUUGUAAGCUACUUAAUUCAAUAGCUUAUGUGUGUCAUUAGGUGGUUGCCUCACUAUUUAUGGCGACGCACCUUGGAAAUCCAUCGUUGAUACCAGUGAUAUUUUUGUGACAUACCAACCGGAAUUAUUAUGACUAUAUUAUUGAAUGUGAAUCUCAGUCCUUAUGUACAACUAGUUUAACCAUCAAGUAAGUGAUUAUUAGCCUUUACAAACCCCAAGCUGACCGGGAGAUUUGAAUGUGCCGCAGUGAUUGAAGACGACCUGAAUGUCAAUCUUUUUUGUGUGUUUGUGUGGCAGAAGUCUUGACCAAACGCUGUUAUUAUUUGUCUUUGUUACGGUUCCCUCGUUUUGGUGUGAAUAUGGAUGUUGGACGUCACGGUGUAGCUUUGCCCCUUUGUUGCCCGGUUCGAUUCCUGCAUUUGUAUAGCGCUUUGAGUCUCCGUGUGACCCCAAAUUCUGCGUCAAAUUUAUCGGAGCCAAACUGGUGUGCAGGUGAAAAUUUGAGGUACCUAUUGAUCCUACUUAAGGACAUGCUCAAUCUGUGUGCAGGAAGUAAAUACAUAUAUAUAUUUUGAUAGUUUUCAAGGUUAGAAACGGCUGAACCCCCUGUACAUGUGUGUCCCUGGUUUUGUAUUGGUCUGUCUGUCCUGAUGUCCGUGUGUCACUUCAAAAAGAACCUCCAACUUUUGUGUGCCAAGAGGCUCAAGCAGUCCUACUUAGUGUCUAAAAUUUGGAGUAUAAUUACGGCUGUAGCACAAAAUUUUGGUACGAGGAUAAUCUUUACACUUGUAGAUAAAAUUUGGAAAGUAGAAGAUAACUUAGGGUUCCUGAAUCUGGGUGCAGUUGUGUAGUAGUGGCCAUCUGGUGCAUAAUAUUGUGAUGAGAUGGUUCAUCCAUAGUUCCUUUGGGUGUGUGUGUGUGAGCUGAAGGGAGUUCCAUCCCUCGUGAAGGUUGGGGUUUGCCUCCAGGUGGACGGACGCCCCAGAGCUGCCUCCCCUGGCACGGCCUCGUUACAUUGUUAAUAUGCAUGAUUUACAAGUAUUCUCCCUUCACCUACCCAAUGUUCCUCAAGGCAACAUUGUAUUUAAAUCCAUAAAGAAUUUACUGCUUUUGGACACUUUUGAAUGGUGAAGCAAACUUUGCUAAAUGAUGUAGGACUUUGACAUUGUUUUGUUAUUCCAUUAUGGAGAGAACGAGUUAAUAACUACUGUUUUUAUCCAUGUUCCAUGACAAUGCUCAGAUCAAGUACAUUCAAGUAAUGUACGUCUUGUAAAUUAGUGUUAUACAGCUGCUGCAACAGUAUGCAUUGAUACGUAAAUUUAGAUCUUGUAGAACUUAUUACUACUUGAAAGUGUAAAUGUGAUAUGUAAUUCUAGAAGCACUUAACUGUAAAAAGUGUGAGGCAGGUCGUUUCCAAGUUAUGCAUGAAUAGCACCGAGACGCCAAGACUGUAGUGAAUAUCAAAACUUUGCUUUAAUGAGCUUCUGUGGUGUGUGUGUGUGUGUGUGUGUGUGUGUGUGUGUCAGAGAGAGAGAGAGAGAGAGAGAGAGGCGCAUUUACUCUGAAGGCAUUACGUGUCCGCCUCGCCAGGCCUUGCCGCGCGCCGCUGCCCCGCGGCCCGGCCCGCGGCGCCUGGCUGCGGCCGCCGGUGAACACUCCCUCACGCUGCGGCGACGCUCGGGACGCUUCGCUCUGUCUGCCACAACGUUACAAAAUUAUGUGGAUCAUAUUUGUCAGGUGAAUUAAAUAAAUUAUAUGGCACUUGG